AUGGAGCUACUCAACGAAAAAUGGAGAGAUUUUCGCGCCAUAAUUUAUUACAACUUUCAGAGACAAUUAUCGCAACAAGAAUGCCUUGCUGAGUUACUGUCUGUUUUCGGCAAUGAAGCGCCACAUCACUCGACAAUUUUCCGUUGGUAUAGAGCAUUCAAACGUGGAAGGGUGAGUCUUAGCGACGAUCCCAGGGUGGGUGCACCAAAAACGGCAGUCACCCACGAAAACGGCGCUGCUGUGCGCAAACUCAUCAUUGAAGAUAGGCAUGUGACAUAUCGCGAGAUUGAGGCGUCCUUGGAGAUCUCAAAGACCUCAAUUCAAAAAAUUUUACAUGAAGAAUUAGGAGUAAGAAAAUUAGUUUCUCGUUGGAUACCCCACCUGUUGACUGAAGAGCAGAAAGCAGCCAGGGUUAAUUGCAUUGUUAGUGGUGAUGAAUCGUGGAUUUACUGUUAUGAACCAGAAAAUAAACUACAGUCGGCUGUUUGGAUGGUCGCGUCAUUUGUGUCAAAAGCGGGUCAUAUUGCAACAAUUCCUCUUAAUGAGCAAAGAACUGUUACUGCGGAUUGGUAUACCACCAUUUGUUUGCCAAAAGUCAUCACCGAGCUUCGACAAAUCAACCCUGAAAGAAGAAUCAUCCCCCACCAAGACAAUGUAAGCUCGCACACAGCCCAAAAAACAAGGCAGUACUUAACGGAAGAAAACUUGGAAUUAUUGGACCAUCCUCCAUAUAGUCCCGAUCUAAGUCCUAACGAUUUCUUUACUUUCCCGAAAAUUAAAAACAGACUGCGUGGUCAAAGGUUCCAGUCACCAGAAGAAGCAGAUGACGAAUUCAAAAAUGCCGUUUUGGAUCUGCCAGCAAAGGAGUGGAAUAAGUGCUUCGAAAAUUGGUUCGAGCGCAUGCAGAUGUGUAUUAAUAUUCGUGGAGAAUACUUCGAAAAACAAUAA